AUGGACACCCUACCCAUACACACAUGCAUGAUAUGCUAUCGGAAAAUCAGCACCAUGGAGAUAAAAGAGCUUAGCUGGGAAGAGUGGACAAAUAGCGCAGCGAUGAAUAGCUGCCGCACGUUUUCAUGUCCAGAUUGCUUCCCUAUUGGCAAGGCUAUACCGAGCUGCGAAAACUGUGCAAUGAAGAUCCGCGAAUGCAAUAUGGCGCGGGGUGGGAACUUGCAUCAAGCACUUGGUUGCGAGCAUAUGUACCCGGAUGCUCUCUCAGACUUGACAUUGGUUGAGGAGAAGCUGAUCGCACUCAACACCCAUUUCGGCUUCGUUGCAAGAAUCAAAGUGACAAAAAGCACCAAACAGAGUACGGCAUAUGCACGGCAUGUAAAGGGUCACAUAACUGUGUUUCCAAACAGUGUUCAAGACUUGGUUACCACAGUACUACCACAUCCGCUUCUACAAUCUUUGGAGGAUAUCCAUAUAUCCUGGCAUGGGCCGCAGAGACCAGCCCCCAGCGAUCUAUCCAAGUUGCUCUCAGUCCGGAGAGGAGCUGUGGAACGGGCGUUGCUUUGGCUAAAAGAAUUUAACCCCCACUAUCGGCACAUCCAAAUCGACAAAGCCGAGUUGGAUAGUUGGGGAGAGCCGGCGCAUGGGGUUCCGAGCCAGAUCUAUGACAGGAUAGAGAGAGAUGAACCAUCGGCAUGGGAAGAAACGCGAACAGCGCACAUUGUGCCCCCAGCAGAACGUGGAAUGGAUGACGCUGGGCCGCAGUCACUCGAACAGAUUGUGGACGGGCUAGGCAGAUCGUAUGAUGAGAAUGAUGUAAGUUACGACGAGGAUCAGCAGCUCUAUGACGAGCGCAGUAGGGAGGAGCUCGAGUAUGAGGGCAUGGGAAGCUUUCUUGAUGAGAUCCUUGCAUCUGGUAUGUUUCCACUGGAUACAGCACCGCGAGCAACCGAUGCCGAUAAACUGCAAUUUGCUAUUGAUACAAUCAGAGGUGGACACACAAAUGCGCAAGCACAGCCGCCCAACCAGCCGACUGGGAGCGCGCAGGAUUCGCACCUUCAGCCAUACAUUCACAUUUCAAGAGGCAAUGAGUUUGCAGAUAUCAAUGAUCUCUGGUAUCUUGCAAAAGCAUUUCCAACACUAUUCCCGUUCGGUUUCGGUGGGCCACGGUGUAAGGAAGAGAUGGAAUCGGAACUGUGGAAGAACAGUGUCCAGCUCACAGGGCAUAUCCGUGAUAGAGACAGUAUUGGAGAGGGUGGAGGGAUGCGAUUUCGCCAACACGUAAUCUCGGACUUCACGCAUGGAUGA